AAAAUGAUUCAAUUACCAUACAUUAAGGACCACUUUUCUAAUAACAUCAGCUUUCCACUGAAGAGUGAAAAAUCUCUCCCAACUAUUCACAUUCAGCACUUUGUGGCGGGAAGUGAGCAGAUCGGGCCGGCGGAGGGAAAAUGGGUAGUUUGGGGCAGCUGCCAAUUUGGGGGUCCAAGCCAUGUAUAAUGGGUAUUGAUGAAGCUGGUCGCGGUCCUGUUUUAGGGCCAAUGGUCUAUGGAUGCCUGUAUUGUGCAAGCUCAUACCAGAAGACUCUUUCCACUUUACAAUUUGCAGAUUCAAAGACUUUGAAAGAAGAGAAGAGGGAAGAAUUAUUCGAGGAAUUGAAAACAAAUGAAUCGAUUGGAUGGGCAGUUGAUGUUAUAGAUCCUAGAGAUCUCUCUGCCAAGAUGUUAAAGAAAAACAAAAUAAAUCUUAAUGAAAUAUCACAUAAUUCUGCGAUUGGCCUCGUAAGGAAGACACUGGACCUUGGUGUUCUUUUAACUGAGGUUUAUGUGGAUACUGUUGGUGAUCCUGAAAAGUAUAGAGUGAAGCUAUCUGAAAUAUUUCCAGCAAUCAAAUUUGUUGUUGCAAAAAAAGCUGACAGUCUUUACCCCGUCGUAAGUGGAGCUAGUAUUGUUGCAAAGGUUACUAGGGACCGAGCCUUGCGGGAUUGGGUGCUUGAUGAAUCUGCUGAGAACAUGCAAAGGAACUUCGGAUCUGGAUAUCCUGGAGAUCCUGAGACAAAAGCUUGGCUGGAUAAUCACAAGCACGCGGUUUUUGGGUUCCCAACCUUGGUCCGUUUCAGCUGGGGAACAUGUAAUGCAUACUCCAAGGAUAGUGUUGACGUAGUAUGGGAAGCUGAUGCCGAUGAAGAUGAAUCCAACGGAAGAGCUAGUAAGCGGCAGGUGAAGCUAACAGAUAUUGGUUUCACAGGUGUAAAGAGGAAAAGUGAAGACAUUGAGUCAAGUGGUAAAGGCCGUUGCAAAUUCUUCCAAGCUCGUAAACUUGAGCUCCUCGCACAGUUUUGAAGGACACAAAACACAUUUACGGAUAGGAUGAGAAAUGUUGCUUCAAAAUGAAUUCAUCUGGCAUUAACUAGGACAGUGAAAUUGAUUCCCUUAGAUCAUCCUUCCAGUAUGAUUGUUGGAUUAGCUAGUUAACCUGUGAGCCGAUCGAAAGAAAUGUUUUACCAGAUUUGUAACUUGAUUAUUGUGAUAACAACUUUUAAGGAUAAUGUGUACUUGUUCUCUAUGGCUCCCACGGUGGUGUCUGAUGUAUCUUUCUACUAAUUUGCUUCUACCUUUAGGUACUUGGAUACAAUAGGGAUACUUCAACCUCAUUGAGGAAUUCUGCACUCUGCUUUAGUUUAUGAUGUGCGUUUAAAUUGGAAGUAUGCAUCAUUCUUUUUUCA